GCGCUUUGCAUCUUUGGUCCAUACCAGUAACAAAGUACAUGCAUACAAGAACUGUUUGUGUAAAAGUGUUAAAUUUAUUAAAUUAUGUCUUGUGGCCCAGAAUGUCUGUCGCUGGGUCCUCCCCCAGACUCCAUAGUGUACAUGCCGCCGCCUCCUCUGCCGGCGUUUCUGGCGGACGUCGCGAACUUGACCCCUCCGUGCCGCGCCUCCAAGUGUCCUCCACAACACAACAGUGAGGAUAACUCGCUGUUCCCUGGCGUGGAGUACCACGAGCUGCCGCGUCAUGCAGAGCCGGCCACUAGCGACGACACGUGGUUCCUGGUGUUAAUUACCAGCUGCGUCGCCGUGCUCUGCAUCGCAGCUCUACUGGCUCUGUUUCUGUUCAAAUGCAGAGAAGCGAGAGGAGGCUGUAAAUCUGGAUCAGGAAAAGCCAGUGGAUCGAACGCCUUAUAUGGCAGCGCUGCACUAGAUUCACGCGUGCUCUGGGCGGCAUUGACUCCCAGAGGAACUCGCCACUUCGUGGCAGACACGUACCCUCAUGAUGAGACCGACGACCAUCACUACGAAUGUGUGGAGCCACCACUAUACAAGCUCGGCCCUCCAGAAGACCUGGCCAUCACCAGACAUUACAACGUCGAAUAUGAAGACCCCGCGCCCCUUAUCGAAAGCUAUUCGGACAGGACUGAAGAAUAUUUCCGCAAUGGAAUAGAAACCCUGCGCAGGAAUAACCGACCGCUGGUUUCCUCGCCAACCAGAAUCGAGAGGCCAAAUCUGCCGCCACUGAAUCUUCAGCCCAGGACAUUGCGGAGGGCUCCGCAUUCACGCCGAGUUAGCGAUGCGAAUAAUUCGGAGAAAGCGACCAUCUGAACCGAGAAUGGCGCGGUAUUUUCCGUCGCCGAUACAACUGAAGUCGAUUACGAUUGGUCGAUUGCCGAUUCAAAUGUAGAUCGAUUAGUAUAAAACUACGUACGGAAGGUUUAGUAGUAGCAUAAGUAUAACCAUAAGAGAAAAUACUAAAAUUAAAGCUUCUACUUGUAAUCACAGUACCUACAGUUAGGGAAAAAAAACUAAUUCUAGUUUUUGCCUGCGAUUCAGCUCUUAGAUUGUCCUAUAGAUUUUAUGCUAACAAUUUAGAACUGGAAUUUGCUGAACGCAGUCUUGCUGCAUCUGCGAAUACAGAAUGCAAUAAGUAGUGAAAAUUACUGAUAACGGAUGCCAUUUUAGGCUCAUUUCACUAUUAACUCGGCAUAUAUGUACGAUUAAUUUUUAUUAAAGCAUUAUGUAAUUGUUUGCCCAAAACUGAUUGUAUAUUUCCGAUAGAUAAAAAAAUUGUUUUAUAAAAGGCAUUUAUUUUCUCAAAAUUGAUUCCUUUAGAUUUUUUUUUGAUGUUAUUUCUAAUAUAUACUAGAUACUACUACCGCUUCGGAAACAAAUGGCAAAAUAUAGAGUUUCAUGUCGAGAUUUUAAUUUUAUUUUAAUCACUUAACUAAAGGGAAGUUAGUAAGUAAGUAAGCCUAAGAGGAAGUGGUAGCCGCGUUCAAAAAUUUUAGAAUUGAUUAAUUUUAUUUUUGGGUUAAUGUAUCGUUAAAAAGAAGUACCUACUUUAUUAAAAGUAAAAAUAAACUUUAAAUGCGAUCGUAAGAACAUUAUAUUCAAGAAUUAUAUAAAUUAUUAUAACUUCAUUAUUAUAAUAUAAGUACGUAAUAUCUAUUUUUGUGGAAGUAAAGACCAAAAUAAUCAGCAAGUAAAUUAAUUAAGCACCUUUAAUAAAGAUCGGUUCACUGGUAUUUUUUUAUAUUUUGAAGCUAUGGUAGAAAGAUCACAAUAAAUAUACAAAUUCUACAUUAAGUGUUAAUAAUAAGGUGUAAUUAGUACUAAUAAUUUUAUCUAGUCACUAGCAUAUAUAAGUCAAAAAUUUCAAAAUUAUAUACUCAAUGGAUGUCUAUAUUCUCUAGGUCAUGUUCUUUAUUUAUUAGUUUCGUAAUCAAGCACCGAUAAGUUACAAAAAUUAUUUAUACUGAAAUGAUAAUUCUAUGAUAGAAUAAUUUAGUUUGUAAUAUUAAUGCUAAUUUUGUACGAUACAAUAAAUUAUAUUUGGCUGCGUGAUUUUAUUUA